CGUGAAACCAGCCGGGACCGGGUCAAGCGGCCCAUGAACGCCUUCAUGGUGUGGUCGCGCGGGCAGCGGCGCAAGAUGGCCCAGGAGAACCCCAAGAUGCACAACUCGGAGAUCAGCAAGCGCCUGGGCGCGGAGUGGAAACUUUUGUCGGAGACGGAGAAGCGGCCGUUCAUCGACGAGGCCAAGCGGCUGCGCGCGCUGCACAUGAAGGAGCACCCGGAUUAUAAAUACCGGCCGCGGCGGAAAACCAAGACGCUGAUGAAGAAGGAUAAGUACACGCUGCCCGGCGGGCUGCUGGCGCCGGGCGCCAACAGCAUGGCCAGCGGCGUCGGGGUGGGCGCCGGCCUGGGCGCGGGCGUCAACCAGCGCAUGGACAGCUACGCGCACAUGAACGGCUGGAGCAACGGCAGCUACAGCGUGAUGCAGGAGCAGCUGGGCUACCCGCAGCACCCGGGCCUCAACGCGCACGGCGCGGCGCAGAUGCAGCCCAUGCACCGCUACGACGUCAGCGCCCUGCAGUACAACUCCAUGACCAGCUCGCAGACCUACAUGAACGGUUCGCCCACCUACAGCAUGUCCUACUCGCAGCAGGCCACCCCCGGCAUGGCCCUGGGCUCCAUGGGCUCGGUGGUCAAGUCCGAGGCCAGCUCCAGCCCCCCCGUGGUUACCUCUUCCUCCCAUUCCAGGGCGCCCUGCCAGGCCGGGGACCUCCGGGACAUGAUCAGCAUGUACCUGCCCGGCGCCGAGGUGCCCGAGCCCGCCGCCCCCAGCAGACUGCACGUGUCCCAGCACUACCAGAGCGGCCCGGUGCCGGGCACGGCCAUUAACGGCACACUGCCUCUCUCGCACAUGUGAGGGCUGGCCGGCGAACCGGAGGGGGCAGACAUUUUCCGAGGAAAAACGAGGGAAAUGGGAGGGGGCGCAGAGGAGGAGAGAGUAAGACACGGCACGGAGAAAAACCCGAGCCGCUCC